CAAUCAAUUCAACGGCUAAGAGUGCAGUACAAUCGAAACUGUAGCUUCCAACAUGAAGGCGUUCAUUGUGUUUUCCAUGGCUUUGGCCAUCGCUUCCUGUGCGGCAGUCGACGAUUCCAACGGCAAAAAGGAGAAACGCGGCCUAUGGGAGUUGAGUGACGAUCACAGCCACUUCGGAUACGAUGACCAUCUUCACCACUACGACGAUCAUCAUCAUGAAUACGUGAAACACGUUUCCACAACCAUCACCAAGAAAGUUCCGGUCCCAUACCCAGUUGAAGUUGAGAAACACGUCCCAGUUCCAGUGAAGGUUCCAUACCCUGUUCAUGUCGAGAAGAAGGUUCCGGUUGUUGUAGAGAAGAAUGUCCCAGUCUACGUCGAAAGAAAAGUCCCGGUUCAUGUUGACCGUCCAGUCCCAUACCCAGUGGAAGUGAAAGUCCCAGUUGUCCAGAAAGAAUACGUCGAAGUGCCAAAACCGUACGCAGUUCAUGUUGAGAAGCCAGUUCCAGUGUACGUGCACAAGCCGGUGUACGUCGAGAAACCCGUCCCAGUGACGGUGCACAUUAAGGAACAUAAGAAACAUUGGGAUCUGUUCUAAGGUGUCUAUCGGCUGUACUGUGAUGAAUUGUUGCAAAUAGUUGAAUUUCAAACAUAUGUAAAUAUUGUUGAAAAUGUUAGUUCUUUUAUACUUUUGU